UAGCGCCAAAGUUGCCCUAGAAGCUAUGCCGGCAGUGGUCACGCAGUGGGAGAAUCUGUGGGAGCUGAGCAGGAGGCUCCUGCAACCUCCGCCCAGUCGCGCCUAUGCAUCCACCCUGGGCGAUCUGCAGGAUGCUUCCGCCCUGCUGCUGUUCAUGGACCAGACAUGCGACUUCCGGGAGGAGCAGGUUCUGGGCGCAGUGAUUGGCCUCCUCUACACCACCGAGCUCUUCUCCGCCUCGCCCCAGGCCAAGUCCGAUUGCGCGUGCCACCUCUCGGCCUCCGGAGUGCAGGUCUUCCAGCUCGACUGCUUCGUUGCAUACGGUGAGCAUCUGCUCGCCAACGGGUUCCAGAGCACCGGAGGAGGAGACAGGGACAACAUGACGGAGGGGAUUGAGGACGCCUGGUUGGACUUUUGCACGGCGAGGGGCGUUCAGGUGGUGCGCAGCGAAGUCGAGGACAAGUAUCCUGUUUUCCCAGCUGAGGAUGAGGCGGAACUGUUUUCAAGCCCAUUUCGCAGAAAAAGGAGCAAGAAGAAGAAGAAGAAGACUAAGAAGCGUGAAAGCGAUGCUAGCAGCAGCAGCAGCAGCAGCAGCAGCGGCAGCGGCAGCAGCAGCAUGAACCCUAGAGCUCCUACCUGGCCGCUUGGAUUCUCUGGUGACAGCGUUCCCACGUUUUUCGAGCUUGCUCAUCGGAUUCUUCACUCUAAGUUUUUCCUGAGCCUACCUCUGGAGAACUUGGGCCACAACUACCAGCGCUUCUGCAAAGAAACCAAGGAUCCGGAUGGCUGGGUCAAGGCCUACGCGGAGAUGGCUCGCACGGAGCCGGUUCUACCGGUUGAUUCGUUUCGUAGCCCGGAAGAGAGUAGUUAUCCCCUCCUCCGUUCGCAGCUCAGGAAGCUCUUGGAAGGGUUGAGGUCCCACGGCAGAGGUACGCUGCUCCGAGCUCUUUUCACCUCGAGGCCCCCCUUGUCAAUGCUUCCACACAUCCAUGCAAUGGUGGAUUGCACCGUCCAUGCAAGGCUCUGGCUCUUGGGCAUUGAUCACACCAUCUACAUGGAGUCUGAGCUAAGUUACGCUGAUCUGGGUUGUCGAGGCGCCGCAAAGGAGCAGCAGGAGGUGUAUACUUCCAUCUAUCUGCAGGAGCGAGUGCCUUCAUGCGUGGAGUUGCUGCAGCGUCUACAGUGUCAUUCUUGUCUUUGUGGCAGCUGGGGCGGAGUUUUGGAGGUGCUGGUUCUCACUCCACAGGAUUAUGAUACCCUCGGAGCUCCGGACAACGAGAUGUGGAGAGCAGUAAGGAAGCACAUCCGCUACUCCAUGUUCUACGCUGAGGGGAAAAAGGUUGAUCCAGAGCUUGUCCUCCCGGAGGUUGUUCGCAAAUAUCGGCCUUUUAUUCAUGUGGAUCGUAAAUGGGCUAGGCUCCAUCCUUCCCUUGUACAUGCCGAGCUGCUGCAAGUCCCACCCAUGGCUCCUAACUCAUCGGUUGUAUUCCUAAGGUAGUCUAGCAAUAAUACUUUUUUCUAAGCUGAUAAAUAUUCGCUCCAA